CUUGUCCCAUUCUGUCACAGUCGUCAACGUCUUACUGCACGGCGAUCGGAAGAAGCUUUUUUGGUGGUAGCUUGUAAUUAAGCCAUGUCUGCUCUGGUUGGAAAACUCAUUUUCCCCUCGGAUCAAGGUCAUAGAAUCUGGGAAGAUCCAUCCUUUAUUAAGUGGAGAAAAAGGGACCCUCAUGUUUCACUUCACUGCCAUGAUACAAUUGAAGGGUCUCUUAAAUACUGGUAUGAGCGCAACAAAGUAGACUAUCUCGCAGCUAGUUCAGCUGUUUGGGGUGAUGAUGCUGUCUCCAAAGCUAUUGAUAAUGCCGCAUUUUGGGUGAAGGACAUGCCUUUUGUCAAGUCCUUGUUGGGCUAUUGGAAAUUUUUCUUAGCCUCAAGUCCUACUAAUGUUCCCAUGAACUUUUAUGGUAGUGAAUUUGAGGAUUCUGCAUGGGAAAAUUUGCCAGUUCCUUCCAACUGGCAGAUGCAUGGAUUUGAUCGACCCAUUUAUACAAAUAUUGUAUAUCCAUUUCCACUGGAUCCACCUCGCGUUCCAGUGGACAAUCCUACUGGCUGUUACAGGACAUGUUUCCAAAUCCCUAAAGAAUGGAAUGGUCGUCGGAUCUUGUUACACUUUGAAGCUGUUGAUUCUGCCUUUUUUGCAUGGGUCAAUGGUGUCCCUAUUGGAUACAGUCAGGAUAGUAGACUUCCCGCUGAAUUUGAAAUCACUGAUUUCUGUCAUCCUUCUGGUUCGGACAAGAAGAAUAUACUGGCAGUUCAAGUAUUGAGAUGGAGUGAUGGUUCUUACCUUGAAGAUCAAGAUCACUGGUGGUUGUCUGGCAUUCAUCGUGACGUACUGCUUCUGUCUAAGCCACAGAUAUUUAUUGCUGAUUACUUUUUCAAAUCGAGUUUGGGUGAAAAUUCCUUGUACGCAGAUAUACAGGUAGAAGUGAUAAUUGAUGACCCAAGAAAAUCAACUAAUGAUAACAUCCUUGCAAACUUCACCAUCGAAGCUAGAAUAUACGACACUGGGAAGUGGUAUGAAUGCGAUGGAAAUAUUGAUCUUCAUUCCUUCAAUGUGGCUCAUAUGGAACUUGAUUCAUCACCUAGUACACUUCCCGGGUUUCAUGGAUAUAUACUCAGGGGAAGACUCCAAAUGCCUAAGCUUUGGUCUGCAGAAGAACCAAACCUGUACACUCUUGUUAUUGUCCUUAAAGAUGCAUCAAGCCAGUUGGUUGACUGUGAAUCAUGUCAAGUAGGGAUACGGCAAAUAUCGCUAGCCCCAAAACAGCUACUAUUUAAUGGCAAUCCAGUUAUAAUACGAGGGGUCAACAGACAUGAACAUCACCCACGUCUAGGGAAAACAAACUUGGAAUCCUGCAUGGUUAAGGAUUUGGUUUUGAUGAAGCAGAACAAUAUCAAUGCCGUGAGAAACAGCCACUAUCCCCAACAUCCACGGUGGUAUGAAUUGUGUGAUUUGUUUGGGGUCUACAUGAUAGAUGAAGCCAAUAUCGAGACCCAUGGUUUUGAUCUUUCUGGACAUAUAAAGCAUCCUACAUUAGAGCCAAGUUGGGCUUCUUCUAUGCUAGACCGAGUGAUAGGCAUGGUGGAGAGGGACAAAAAUCAUGCAUGCAUUAUAUCUUGGUCCUUGGGGAAUGAAGCUGGAUAUGGACCUAACCAUUCUGCUUUAUCGGGUUGGAUCCGAGGAAAGGAUCCAUCAAGGGUAAUACACUAUGAAGGAGGUGGAUCCAGAACGCCAUCAACAGACAUUGUGUGCCCCAUGUACAUGCGUGUUUGGGACAUAGUGAAGAUUGCAAAUGAUCCAACAGAAACUCGUCCACUGAUUUUAUGCGAGUACUCUCAUUCAAUGGGAAAUAGCAAUGGAAAUAUUCAUGAAUAUUGGGAAGCUAUUGAUAGCACAGUUGGUCUUCAAGGAGGUUUUAUUUGGGAUUGGGUUGAUCAGGGAUUGCUGAAGGACAGUGGUGAUGGUACCAAGCACUGGGCGUAUGGAGGUGAUUUUGGGGAUACCCCUAAUGACUUGAAUUUCUGUUUGAAUGGUCUUACAUGGCCGGAUCGAACUCCUCACCCUGCACUAGAAGAAGUGAAGUAUGUCUAUCAGCCAAUAAAGGUUUCAUUCAGAGAAAAAAUAAUUCAGAUAACAAACACUAAUUUUUUUGAAACAACACGAGAUUUGGAGUUUUGCUGGAUUGUCCAUGGUGAUGGAUCUAUCAUCGGAACUGGGUUACUCUCUCUCCCAACAAUGGAACCACAGAGCAGUUGUCAUAUUGAAUGGGAAUUGGCUCCAUGGUCUUCUCUAUGGGCAUCGUCAUCUGCAGCUGAAUUAUUUUUGACAGUAACCACAAAACUAUCAAAAUCCACUCGCUGGGUCGAAGCAGGUCAUGUUCUUGCUUCCACACAAAUCCAGUUGCCGCCGAAAAGAAAAUCUCUUCCUCAUGUUAUCAAAAUGGUAGAUACUUCAUUACACAGUGAAUGUCUUGGGGAUACAAUCAGAGUCAGCAAGCAGCAUUUCUGGGAUAUAAGAAUAAAUGCCCGAGAGGGAACAAUAGAGAGUUGGACGGUUGAAGGAGUUCCUGUAAUGAGUAAGGGAAUACUCCCAUGCUUCUGGAGGGCACCAACAGAUAAUGACAAGGGGGGAGGUUCAAGUAGCUAUGUUUCCAAGUGGAAGGCUGCCUUACUUGAUAAUAUUUUCUUUCAUACUGAAAGGUGUAGUUUACAGAAAAUGACUGAUCAUAUUGUGGAAGUGACGGUGGUCUAUCUUGGUAUCCCAAAGAGUCAGGAGAACACUUCUGAAUCUGAAAUAUCUAAAGCUAUUUGUAAAUUUGAAGUAACUUACACUAUAUAUGGUAGUGGAGAUGUGAUAGUGGAUUGCAAAGCAGAACCAAGAUCUGAUCUACCACCGUUGCCGCGUAUUGGAGUUGAAUUUCACAUAGACAAAUCACUGGACCAGAUCAAGUGGUACGGAAGAGGGCCAUUUGAAUGCUAUCCUGAUAGAAAAGAAGCUGCCCAUGUAGGGGUAUAUGAGCAGAAUGUGGAUGACAUGCACGUGCCAUACAUCGUUCCUGUGGAAUGUUCAGGUCGAGCAGAUGUCAGAUGGGCAGCAUUUCAAAACAAGGAUGGUCUUGGAAUUUUUUCUUCCAUUUAUGGAACUUCUCCACCUAUGCAACUGAAUGCAAGUUACUACAGCACAGCAGAGCUUGACAGGGCAACACACAAAGAAAAACUUGUCAAGGGGAACGACAUUGAGGUGCAUCUUGACCACAAGCACAUGGGCGUGGGUGGGGAUGACAGCUGGACCCCAUGUGUCCAUGAUAAGUAUCUAAUUCCUCCAGUUCCCUACUCAUUCUCUUUGAGGUUGUGCCCAAUUACCACAGGCAAGUCUUGUUUUGACAUCUACAAAUCCCAGCUUCCAAACUAAUUGUCUUUAUUUACAAUGUUCUUGGAUUCUUUGGAAGAAGAAAAUGCAUUGAUGUAGGACGGUAUUGGUGGUUUUUAUUGGGUAUCCCUUCACCCAAAUGAUGUUAUUGUGUUGACAGUGAUUUAUUAAUUAUGUAAUUGAAUCUUCCACUUUGAACAGUCUUUGUUGUAGGCUUAAAUGUCCAAGAGCAAUAACUGAAAUAAAAAUAAAUAUAAGAGAAGAUGGAAUAGAGUCAAUAGACUAUGUUUUCUCAUGGAUCUUAAUUUUGAGAAAUGUGACAUUGGUUUCACACUUUGUAGA